AUGUUGCCUCCAAUUCCCUCGCCGACCGACUACGGCAUCUCGUUGGCUCAUGGCUUCCUCUCACCGGAACCGCCGCUGGAAGUUCUCCCAGACCCUUAUUACGCCAAGUGGGAGGCCAUCGUCCAGAAUCUGCAGCCGCUCAUCUUGAGCAAACGCCUGCGGUCGAUGGUGGAUCGCUUGCCCGUUCUCUCCACGUCACAUCUACACACGGAUGCAGAAUGGCGGAGGGCAUAUGUGGUGUUGGUUUUCAUAUUGCACGGAUAUGUGUGGAGUGGCGACCGGCCUGCGGAGAAAAUUCCUCCUCAACUAACAGUACCUCUAUUCAAAGUCUGUGAGCACCUGGAAGUACCCCCAGUUGCGACAUACGCGGGCACGGUUCUCUGGAACUACAAGCCGAUAUUCGCCGACGAGCCAGCCGACGACCUGGAUAACCUCGCCUGCCUGCAUACAUUCACCGGAUCCCUCGAUGAACAAUGGUUUUAUCUGGUCUCCGUCGCCAUCGAGGCCCGGGGCGCUCCGUCCAUCCCGCUGAUGCUGCGGGCUAUUGCGGCUGCGCGAGUCGGGGACACCCGCUUGGUAACGGACUGCCUGGAACGAUUGGCAGAAAUGUUGGAUGAGAUUGGCGGAUUGCUGCAGCGCAUGUACGACAGCUGUGAUCCGUACAUCUUCUACCACCGUAUCCGACCAUAUCUGGCUGGCAGCAAGAACAUGGCCGAUGCCGGCCUGCCCAAGGGAUUGCUGUACGAUGAUGGCCAUGGUGUCCCGGAAUACCGCCAAUACGGCGGUGGAAGCAAUGCACAAAGCUCGCUGAUUCAGUUCUUCGACAUCAUCCUGGGAGUGGAGCAUCGACCCACGGGGGUAUCCCGCAACGACCAAGCUGCGAAUGAUGAUGGCCCGAAAUCACGACACAACUUUAUCCACGAGAUGCGCGCAUACAUGCCCGGGCCGCACCGCCGGUUCCUGGAGCAUAUCGAUUCCGUGGCCAACCUCCGGGAGUACGUGGAGGCCCGGCGGAGCGACCCUGCCUUGCGACUGGCUUACGAUGCCUGUCUGGCCAUGCUGCGCGCAAUGCGCGACAAGCACAUCCAGAUCGUCUCGCGUUACAUUAUCGUGCCCUCGCGGAGUGCGCGACGUGCCUCACAAUCCAUUAGUCCCGGCCGCCGCCCCGAGGCCACGAACCUGGCUACAGCUGCUCCCCCAGACAGUAAGAAGUUGCGAGGGACGGGCGGCACGGCACUCAUCCCUUUCCUGAAACAGGCGCGGGACGAAACGGGAGAACCGGCCAUUGAUGCAUGGGCGCGACGAUUGCUGAGCAAUGGUCCCGCCGAUGCUAUCUCAGCAGCAUUGAGUAAAGUCGGAGAACAUCCAGACGGCCAUCUGGAAGUGGUGGGUCUCUGCGGCACCUGGACCGCGGACGACAGUGAAGGAGGCAUCUGCCAUUGGUGA